AUGGCUAUUGCACUAGUAAUUAUUUCUCUGCUGGUAACUUUUCUGCUAGUUGGGGUAGUCUACGUAAAACACCAGUAUACAUAUUGGAAACGUAAGCGUGUGCCAUUCUCCGAGCCAGAAUUUCCGUACGGAAACUUCAAACACAUCAACCGACAAUCUCUGGCAAGUUUCAGUACUAAGCACUAUCGGCGAUGGAUGGGAACAGGAUCGAGAUUUUUUGGAUUAUUUCUAUUCGUAGAACCUCAGCUUUUCAUAACGGAUCCGGAUCUGAUCAAAACGGUGCUUAUCAAGGAUUUCAACUACUUUCCAGAGCGGGGAAUAUUUCACAAUGUGAGAGAUGAUCCACUGAGUGCCCAUCUGUUCUCGAUCGAUGCGAAUGAGUGGCGAUCGUUACGAGCUCGGUUAACUCCCACGUUCACGUCUGGCAAGAUGAAGCAAAUGUUUUCUACACUGGGAGCUGUCGGAGAGAAACUGUCACAGUUUCUGACGAAAGAAGUUGGUAGCGGAAAAGAUGUACAGAUCAAGGAUACUAUGGCUCGCUUCACCAUAGAUGUAAUUGGAAGCUGUGCCUUCGGUAUUGAGUGCAAUAGUUUAAAAGAACCGGACAGUGAGUUUAGAAAAUUCGGCAAACUUGUUUUCGAAAAGCCUAGACAUUCGGUGUUGAUCAUUUUCUUUUUGAAACUUUAUCCGGAGGCAGCCAAGACUCUUCGAUUGAAAUUGUUGAGAAGCGAAUGUAGUGAGUUUUUCUACAAGAUCGUCAAGAACACUGUUGAAUAUCGUGAGAAGAACUCAGUCGAGAGAAACGAUUUCUUAAAUUUGCUUAUCCAGCUGAAAAACGAUGGGAAGCAGUUGUCAAUGAACGAAAUUGCUGCACAGUCAUUCAUUUUCUUUGGAGCCGGCUUCGAGACAUCGUCUUCCAAUCAGACCUUUUGUUUGUAUGAGCUAGCAUUGAACCAAGAUUGCCAAGAGAAGGCUAGAAAUUGUGUGCUCGAAGCAAUGAAAAAACAUGGCGGAAUGACAUAUGAAGCUGUUUGCGAGAUGUCAUAUCUAGAUCAUUGUAUCAACGAAACACUUCGUUUGUAUCCAUCACUUGCCAUAUUGGAAAGAAGAGCCUUCAAAGACUACCAAAUCCCUGAUUCCGAUGUUGUGGUUCCUAAGGGAAUGAAGAUCUAUAUUCCUGCGUUUGCGAUUCAUCGCGAUGAACGGUACUAUCCGAACCCGGACGUUUUUGAUCCGGACCGUUUCCGCCCAGAGGAGUCAGCAAAACGACACAUUGGAACCUUUCUGCCGUUUGGCGAAGGACCUAGAAUCUGUAUUGGGCUACGAUUUGGAAUGUUGCAAUCGCGAGUGGGGUUGGCAACCAUUCUUAGUCAAUUUAAAGUCGGUCCAAGUGCUAGAACACCUGUUCCGAUCGAGUUUUCUGGUGAUACAACAGUUCUGAGACCGAAAGGAGACUUGUGGUUAAAGUUCGAGCCUUUGUAG